GAUGAGCUCAAGAGAAUGAUAGACCCCGGCUUCCCCAGACUGAUCCAAAAAGACUGGCCUGGAAUUCCUAAAAGGGUCGACGCAGCCUUUAAGUUAGAUGCACCUACAAUUGCACCAACAGUUUCACCAGAGGAGGAAAACCUGGCAGAGGGUUAUCUUUCUCAGUUCUACAAUGACGUUGGGAUGACAAACGCCACACUACAAAGAAUUGCUAAGAGCUCUGUCAGCCAGGAUCUACAGACCAUGCAGGCUUUCUUUGGCCUGGAGGUGACUGGAGUCAUGAAUAACGAGACUAUGAAUGUAAUGAAGGAACCCAGGUGUGGUGUGUCUGAUAUAAGCCGAUAUGGACACUUUUCUGGGAGACCCAAGUGGGAUAAAAGGCUGAUUACAUACAGGAUCACUCAAUACACUCCAGAUCUGAUCCAGAGACAGGUGGACGCAACCAUUGCUCAGGCCUUCCAGCUGUACAGCGAUGUCAUCCCGCUCAACUUUAAGCAGGUCUACAGCAGUAAUGCGGACAUCAUGAUCCUCUUCAAGGGCGGAUAUCAUGGGGACUUUUACCCUUUCGACGGGGCGGGUGGAGUCUUGGCUCAUGCUAACUCUCCGGGACAGGGUCAGGGAGGGGACACACACUUUGAUGAUGAUGAAACUUGGACUCUCACACAAAGAGGUGUGAAUCUUCUGCUGGUGGCAGCCCAUGAGUUUGGCCACGCACUUGGCCUGGACCACUCAAGGGACAGAAGUGCACUUAUGUACCCCACUUAUCGAUAUGUCAACACUAAUGGCUACAGGCUGCCAGAUGAUGAUAGGCGCGGGGUUCAAGCCCUAUAUGGGAGCCGUACACCAGUGCCAACAACAGCACCAAAACCUAAACCGCCUCCUGGUCCUGACCCUGGACCAGAGCCAGAAGAACCAACAGAGGAUCCCAACCCAGACCCUCUGCCUAACCCCGGGGGUGAGCGGUGCAGCCGCGACCUGGUGUUUGACGCUGCGACUUCAAUCAGGGGAGACCUCUUCUUCUUUAAAAAUGGAUACUAUUGGAGGAAGAGUACACUUGUCAAUGGAAUCCGUUUAACGAAAGUGAGCACUAAGUGGCCACGAAUCAACUCUGUCGAUGCUGCAUUUGAAGUCCCACGCAAGGAUGUGGUGUGUCUUUUUGAAGAUCGUCAAUACUGGUGCAUUAGGGCUUAUGCAAAGACAAUCAUUUCAGGGUAUCCAAAGCCUCUCACCAACCUCGGCCUGCCCUCUUCAGUGAGUAAGGUCGAUGCAGCUGUCUAUGUGCCAACUACUGGAAAAACACUCAUGUUUGUGAACAACCUUUAUUGGAGUUAUGAUGAGAGCAGAAACCAAAUGGACUUUGGAUAUCCACGACAUAUCAUUCUGGAUUUCCCUGGCAUAGGCUCAAAAGUUGAUGCAGCCUUUGAGAAUUAUGAAAAUGAACUCAGUUUGUCCUCUUUUUUGUCCCCGUCUCCUAUGGAUUCACUCAACACUUUUGAAUCUGAGAUGGAGGCUGAUGGGCAGGGGAGCUACUCUCUGUUUCCUGCACUGGACAGCAUUGCAAGUCUUUCUGGGGCCGCUGAGACUCUGGAGAGCGAACCGUCCAGUGACAUUGCAGAGAAGCCCAACCUCACAUGGCUCGACGCUGCACAGAUUGUAUUGGAAGAAGCGGGACGUCCUAUGCACAUAAAGGAGAUAAAACAGAGAAUAAUCGACAGGGGACUUGUUCAAUCCAACGCAAAGUCAAGUCUGGAGGCAGUCAUGUACCGUGAGACACAAAAAGGCAGCAGGAGAUUCAAGAGGAUUGAGAACAGAAACGGAGUCUUUGCACUGCUGACCGACGAGGAGAGGCAGCAGGCCCUGCAGGCCUUCACUGCGCAGUCUUUUCUCGGCUCUCCGCAGCACAACACCAUCUCCAGUUCUGGAUCAGGUGCCUCGGCACAUGCCUUCCCAUCCCCCACCAGUUCCUGCGAGCACAGGACCAAGAUGAAGAGAGGUCCACGGAAAAAACUAAAUGAAAAGUACCGACUCAAGUACCUCAGACUGCGCAAAGCAGCCCGCGCCAUGAUAUUUGAGAAUGCAGCUCUCUGUGAUGAAGUUGCCCAUUUAGAAGAGAAGUUCCUGAGAGCUAAGGAGGAGCGGAGGUUCUUACUGAAGUCAUUGUUGCAGUACCAGUCGUUGACAGAGGGAGAGAUGCUACCGACACCUAGCUCUAGCGCUCAUCCACCUGUACCUCCUGCAGCUUCCACCUCAGGUCCUACAGGGGCUUCAGGCCUGUCUGGGGGGCAUAGUCUGGCUUCAGUGGUGUCAACAGGGGAAGAGGGAUCUCUUAAAAAACCCAAGAAGGAAAGGAAAGAGCGAGGCAAAGAAAAUGGUAAAGAGGAAUUUCCAAAGAAGAUGACUAAGAAGAGAAAGCUAGCAGACGGGUCUCGGAAACUGGUGCAACCCAUCCAUCUGGACUCAUCUGGGCGUCCUGUCUUUCCCAUCGUAUUGGGAGGAUUAACAGUCUACAGCCUGGGAGAGAUCAUCAUAGACAGAAUGCUUUUCCAUGAUGAGUGUGCCAUUUACCCGGUGGGCUUCUGCAGCACUCGAGUCUUUGCCAGCAUGAAAAACCCCGACCAGCAGUGCCUUUACACCUGCCAAAUCAAAGAUGGUAGAGCAGGUCCACAGUUUGAGAUUGUGCCUGAAGAAGAUCCUCAGAAUGCCAUCGUGGCCACCUCGGCCCUCACAUGCCACUCCAAUCUACUGAAGGUCAUCGCGUCUGUCAGUUCCAAGUCUGUGGUGCCCAUCAUGCCCUCAGGAGCUGAUUUCUUCGGCUUCUCACACCCCACCAUCCAGAAUCUCAUCCAGAGUUGUCCUGGAGCACGCAAAUGUAGCAACUACCGAUGGGUACGCUUUGAGGUGUGCCGCCCUGGUGAUGGCCAGGUUCCUCACAGCCUCUCAGAGGACGAUGCCUCCGUCAACUUCGAGGCCUACCAGAGACACCAGGGCUUUGAUGAGAGCAUCAAGACAGAGCACAUAACAGGACAGGCACCGCAGUCCCCUAGCUCCUCUCACCAGCACCACCUGACCUCCCCCACCAUCAACAUGAAGCCCUCUACAUCCUAUUUCAGCUCCUGAUCCUGAAGGGCAAGGUCAUACAUGGACGCAAUCCUUGGAAAACGUCAAUUAUUUACAAAGCUUGUAUUGGUUUUUCCUCCCUUUUCCUUUAUGGUUCAAAACUUGAGUAGGCAUACAGGAACUCAAGCCUUUGUUAUUUAUUGUUUUUCAUCUUUAAACUAGUCCCAGAAAGUUUGGAACAUCACUGAGGAUGUGUGCUAGCAUAGUUGAUGCUUAUUUACUAAGUGCGGCAUGUCAUUCUUUUUAAAAUAUUUUCCAGAAUGAACAUUUAAACAAGCUUUUUUGCUUAAAGAGCUAAUAGCCACAUUAAACUGCCAUUGCUGUUAUGUCUAUUUGUAUAGUAAGUCAAAAUAAACCUUUUAUUCCAAUAUCAUUUUGUUUCUACUUCAACAGUAGACUUUGUUUUACUGUCUCCGUCCGUAGUGUCUUUGAAUGCAACUCACACACAAACUUAGUUGUUUAUUUGACAUUUAUUUCUUCAAACUUAACUUGUGUUGUACACUUCAGAGUUUUGUUCAAACAAAACAUUUCUCAUGCUUUUCAAUGUACUGUACACUCCAGCAGUUUCUUGAAUUUGAGACAGACUGAUUAAGAAGAUCUUUAAAAUAAAAUAAAGAUAUUUCCCACCA